AUGGUGCCGAGGCUGGAGCGCGCGGGCGGCGGGUUCCAUCUCCCCAACAGCGAGCGGGAGGACUCGCUCUUCAUCCGCGCGCUCAUCUCCGUCGUGUCCGGGGACACCGCCGUGCCGGCGCUGCUCCCGGCAACUGCUGCUGCGUGCGGCGGCGUGGGCGGCGAGUUGGUGUUGGCGGCCGGCUCGAGCAGUAGCGACGAGGGGGAGGAGGGGGAGGAGGAGGAGUGCUCGGGCGCCCCCGCGGCGGCGUCGGCCACCGGCGGAGUGAAGGGCGGCGUGGGCAAGAGGCGGCAGCGGAGGAGGAGUGCCGCCGGCGACGGCGAGGGGAGCAAGUACAGGGGCGUGCGCCGGCGGCCGUGGGGGAAGUGGGCGGCGGAGAUCCGCGACCCGCACCGCGCCGUGCGCAAGUGGCUCGGCACGUUCGACACCGCCGAGGACGCCGCGCGCGCCUACGACGUCGCCGCGCUCGAGUUCCGCGGCCACCGCGCCAAGCUCAACUUCCCGGCCUCCUCGCCCGCGCAGCGACCGCGCUCGCUCCCCGUCCCAGACAGCCUCCGGGAGAACUGCGGCUCGAACGCGUCGUCGCCGGUGCAGCACGCGCCGGAGCAUGCACCGGCGGCCAGGGACAAGGAGAUCUGGGAUGGCCUCCAGGAGAUCAUGAUGCUAGACGACGGCACCUUCUGGUCCAUGCCAUGAUCGAUGAUCUCUCUCGUCACUUCGUCACCAUUUCAUUGCUCGUUGCUCCAUUUUUUUUUCUCUGCUCUAUUCUUGAUGACUCAAAGUAUCAAACAAUCAACAGUAACCAUUACUGCUGCUUAAUGCUGAUGUGAUGUAACAGUACAAAGUGAGAUAUUUCUCACCGCCUUUUGAACAUUAGAAAUAGACAAAUGAUACUGUUCCAUUCUUCAUAUUAAUCGUUAUUUUUAAUGGAUAAAGGAGCA